GGAGAGAAGUGCGCGGCCAGGUGAGGCUAGUACUCUCACAGGACAAAGGUAACAGCAACAGGGCGGCUGUGGGAGGUAGAAGUUCUAACUUUUAUCCACGUAAAUCCUACAGAUUAAAUCAUGGUUUUGACGCAAGAAUCCGUCCUUUCUCUGCUGAUAGCGGAGGGGGGCCAAGUGAAGAAAUCCGACUUGGUGGGUAAAUUCAAAGACUCCAUAAACUGCGAAGAUUCCGCAGAGAAAGAACAGAACAGGGAGCUUUUCAAGACUUUCGUUAACAAUGUCGCUUUCGUCAAAGAAAUCGACGGUGUCCGGUACGUUGUCGUCAGGAAAAUGUAUCAGCACUUGGACGGUGCCCAGACCGAACAGAUCCGUGUGGAGAAGAGUGAAAAUAAAGAGAUCCCGCAGACAGGUGAGCAGCAGCGCCCACCUGUGCAGGGCGAGGAGACUGGAGGCUCUGAGGAGGCAACAGGAGGGGAGAGAUCAGCUGUUUCCGAGCCUGAUCAAGAAGAGAAAAGUGAAUUAAGUGACAAUCCUACCGAAAUACUUUCUUCUAUACAGCAGGCACUGCAAAGAAGCAAAUUUACGAGUGUUAGAGUUAAAAGAGUGCUACACUUUGAGAUCCAGAAGCAGGAAACAAAUGAAGAUUCAAGAGGAAGCAGGGUAAAUGAGCCCACCAGGAUCCAGAGCAAACCAUAUACCUUACCUCUGAGGAUGCCACCCAGCACUACAAUGGUGGAGAUCCGAAAACUAAAAUUAGACCCAGAUGAUCCUCCUAAAAGCCCGAAGCUGGACUCCUUCAGGAACAAGAGAAGUUCAGCGGAGUCGGACAGUAGCAUUAGCUCGCCCCAGCUGAGGAGGUCAGUGAAGAGCACCAAGGCGUCAGAGGAUCAGGAGACAAGGGGCCCCUCUCUGUUUCCCUUGGAGCAAGCUGAGCAUGAAUGGCUGGUCAAGUGUGCCGCCGGCCACUGGAGCCAAGUGUACGGCCUGCUGCUGAGAGACAGCCAACUGGCAGAGAAGAGGGACUUCAUGUCAGGGUUCACCGCUCUGCACUGGGCAGCCAAAUGUGGGAACAGUGAAAUGCUUGUGAAGAUUAUUGACCUAUCCAGGAAAGGAGGAGUGGACAUUGACAUUAAUGCGAAAACACAUGGAGGUUACACUCCAUUGCACAUUGCCGCUUUGCAUGAUCAGGAGUACAUCAUGGCCAUGCUGGUGGGGGAACACGGUGCCGAUCCAAGAAUUAGGGACAACUGCGGAAAGAAGGCCUACCACUAUCUGCACGGGGGCAUCUCUGAGACUGUGAGAGAGAUGCUGGGUGAACCCAAAGUUCAACAGGCUCCGGACAUAGUGCAGAUUGAGAAAGAAGAGCUGGAUCUGUUCCCGGAUCUCUCAAAGGGCCUGCAUUCAAUAAGCCGCCUCUUCAAUCCCAAUGUCAUGGGCACCAAGAAGAAGCACAAGCAGAGGUCAGGAUUUUACUCCCUGAGCGAAGACCCCAUCGAGGAACGAGAAGACAGCAGCUUUAGACAGAGAGUCAUAUCAGAUGCUUUUAUGUAAAUAAUGUCUUGUCUUGUUCUCAUGUGGAUUUAGAGCCACACAUCCGAUUCUUGACUGACAUUCAUCUGAUUUUCAGGCUUUCUUCAACUAUGACAACAACUAAAAACAGCUGUUUGCUUUACUAAAUGAGGUCACCAAAAAGUUGUUUGCUUUAUUCAUAUUUGUUGACUUUUCUUUUGGCAUAAAAUAUGAAAAACUAAUGUGCAUGGUUUACUGAUUAUGACUGAGAGACAGAUUUGUUGUUACAGAUGUUACGUUUCUGAGUUAUAUCUAAUGUUUACAGGUGUGAACAAAACAUGAUUCAGAGUUUUCUUAUUACUCACUGUCUGUGGUCCCUCGAAGGUGUCAUUUCUCUCUUCAGACAUGGAAACUGAGCUAAACACUGAUGAUGUUUAAUAACUGAUUAUGAUUUCGUGUUUGUUUAAAUUGCAAAAAAACUGCAUAUUUUCUUCCACUGCCUGUAAAAUAUAUAGUUCUAUUUGUUGUGAUUGUAAAUCAACUGCGCUGCAUUUCAUGAGAAAUAAAUCAGACUGUACACUUAUUUUAACAAA